UCUGCCUGAGAAGUGCGAUGCUCCAAUUCAUAUUCCGGAUAUUCCUCCUGUGGGCUUCGCAAAUAUGCUGAAAUAUAUCUAUGCCGACAAUGAAAAGGUGACGUUGGAAAAUGUUCAUCCGACGAUGAAGUGCGCCGACAAAUACGACUUGUCAUUACUGGCCGACACCUGCUUUGAUUUCGUCAUUCGGGAUCUCGUCGCGGAGGAUCGCCUCACAGUAGAUUCUCCUCACUGUUUACUGCAUCUGGAGAAUGCGCUGGCGUGUGCUGUUGGUAUCGACAGGGUCGUGGAAAAUUGUCUGCAUUAUGUUGACGUACACUGUGAGGAAGUUCUCCGGUCGAAGCGGUUCACUGAAUUACCGCCCGGCACCUUGCGCGCCAUUCUGGAACGCGACACCCUGUUGGCCGACGAGGACAUCAUUUUCACGGCAGUGAAUAGAUGGGCUGCUGCUGCCUGCGCACGGAGAAAUUUGGAGGCGUCGCCCGCUAACCGGCGCGAGGUCCUGGGAGAAUUAUUUUACCUGAUCCGAUUCCCGUUACUGACACCCAUCAGUCAAGUGCCUGACAAACCCGCCAAAAGUGGAUUCUUUGAAGCCUUAUCGUUAUUGGACGUAUGCCAUGACAAAGGCCGAUUUCCCACGCAACCCCGCCGGCCCCCCGUCAUCCUUGUCGGCGAGGUGGAAUUCAAGCACGCGGAGCAAGUAUUUGUGGCUGAUAGUGAUGAGACCUUGUACGUGCCUGCAUUAGUGAUGGGAUCGCGUGGCUCAGCAGCCCUCUGCCUGCCUCUGAAUUAUUUUAACGUACGUCCUCAUCCCGACGACUACGACUACGACAGCGAAGAUGACGAAUAUCAUGACGAUAACAAGGAUGAUGAUUAUGAUGGCGACGCCGAUGACGAUUAUGAUGAGAAUGAAGACCUGAUGAAAGUGGACCCGGGGGAUAUCAUUCGCGCAUCCGACUACUUAACCGCUCGGCAACCGGUCUGGUACAACCAUGAGAAAGCCAAAUAUGUCAAAGCGGAGGAUUGCCGCCAUAUCAUCGCUUUGCCGGGCCGACCUAAACGGGAAGUGGCAUUCGAUAAGAUUUAUUUGGGACAUUUGCAGGUGAUGGCGUGGAAGAAAGCCACGGAGAUCGGCAACGGGAAGGCUCAAGCCGCUCGUAAACGGAAACGUUCACCGGAUGCCCUAGUCUGCCUUGAACCGAUCGUGUUGGUACCGAGCGUGCUGUUUGUUUUCAACUGAUAGACCACCGAAAGUAGUCUGUAGAAUGUCUUAAAAUUAAUUUUUGUGUGGCUUAGUUGACUCAUUAACUACCUGGCUGAUGA